AUGUCCUCUGAUAUCACCCUCUACUCUUGGUCCACGCCCAACGGCAUCAAGGCCUCCAUUACCUUGGAGGAACUCGGCCUGUCCUAUAAGACUGUCCCAAUCAAUAUCGGCACCAAUAUUCAGAAGGAGGAUUGGUUCCUGAAGAUCAACCCCAAUGGCCGCAUCCCUGCCAUUACGGAUGGCUCGCAGCGCGUGUUUGAGAGUGGUUCCAUCAUGCUUUAUCUGGCCGAUAAGUACGAUACCGAUCGGAAAAUCAGUUAUGCUCCCGGCACCUCCGAACACAUUGAGCAGUUGUCAUGGUUGAUGUUCCAAAUGGGUGGACUUGGUCCGAUGCAGGGCCAAGCCAACCACUUCCGCCUUUACGCCAACACCCGUUCUGACUAUGGAAUUAAGCGAUACAUCGACGAGACCAAGCGUCUCUACGAAGUCCUCGAGUCCCGUCUCAAGGAGAGUGCCUACCUGGCUGGUGACAAGUAUACCAUUGCCGAUAUUGCGAACUAUUCCUGGGUCCGCGUUGGACCCGGUGCCCUCGAGAUCGAUUUGUCCGAAUUCCCCUCCUUGAAGAAGUGGUCUGAGGAGAUCGGCAAGCGGGCCGCUGUUCAGAAGGGAGCGCAUACGCCCGAUACUGGCAAGUCCGAAGCGGACUUUCUUGAGCUUUGGGCGAAUGCUCGAGCCAAGAUGGAUGCAAGGACCAACACUGAUAAGAACUAA